CAUUUGCCACCCCCAACUUCUGAAGGCCCAUUUCGUCGUCUCUCGCUCCCUCGGUCCCUCCCCCCUUCUCCCCCGCUCCUUUCCCCUCACCUCGCCAUCUCCUUGUUCCUCACCUCGCCAUGGCGUUCUUCUCUCACCACCAUCUCCAGCAGCCACACCCGCAGCAGGCGCCACCGCCGCAUCAGCAGCAGCCGGUCCUUCCUUCCUUCAGGAACGCGCUACCGGUGCCUGUGGAUGGCCAGAUCCCAGCGCCCCUCACCUUCUUCAACCCGCCGCCUGCCUUCCCGGAGCAGCCCGCGCAGGCACCGCUGGUGGAUGCGAUGGGGCUGACGGCAGCUGCGGGGCUUGGAUGGAGGCAGCCGAGGGAGCAGGAACUGCUUGGGGAAAACUCCCAGAUGUCAUCCAUCGAUUUUCUGCAGACGGGCUCGGCGGUGUCGACGGGGCUGGCGCUGUCUCUGGAGGACCGGCGCCACGGCGGCGGCGGGGCUGGGAACUCCUCCGGCGAUUCACCGCUGCUCCUGCUGCCCAUGCUGGACGAUGACAUCUCACGCGAGGUCCAGCGGCUUGACGCUGAUAUGGACCGCUUCAUUAAAGCUCAGAGUGAACGGCUGAGGCAAUCUAUACUGGAGAAAGUUCAGGCAAAGCAGUUUGAGGCACUGGCCUCAGUUGAGGACAAGAUACUCAGAAAAAUACGGGAUAAAGAGGCGGAAGUGGAGACCAUCAACAAAAGGAACUCUGAACUAGAGGACCAGAUUAAGCAUUUGGGAGUGGAAGUUGGUGCUUGGCAGCAAAGGGCCAAGUACAAUGAGAGCAUGAUCAAUGCACUCAAGUACAACUUGGAACAGGUAUGUGCUCAUCAGAGCAAGGAUUUCAAGGAAGGUUGCGGCGAUAGCGAGGUAGAUGACACGGCGUCCUGUCGCAAUGGUGGUGCUGUCAAUUUGCAGCUGACACCGAAGGAGAACAGACAACAGAAGGAUUUGACGGCUUGCAGGGUCUGUAAAUCAAGUGAGGCAUGCAUGCUCUUGCUGCCUUGUCGGCAUCUUUGUCUAUGCAAGGAAUGUGAGAGCAAGCUGAGCUUCUGCCCCCUGUGCCAGUCAUCCAAGAUACUUGGCAUGGAGAUAUAUUACGCGUAGAAUAGAAUUUAUGUAUCACAUGAGUAUCUUACGAGAUACUGCUAUGUUAAUACGUCAAUGUAUUGCCAAACUUUAGAACCUAUGUACCACUAUGACUUGCCACUGGAUCUAAAAAGACUGCCGUUUAUGAUAGAUUUACCCGCAGCAAAUUUCUUUGAGAAGCUCAUCCUUGAUUUAUGCUCCAA